AUGGUGAAGGCGCUGGAGAAUAUAAUAGUCCCCCAUAUCUGCCAUGUAGAUGCAUUUGCAAUCAAGCUGUUGAGACAGAAUUAUAGCCCUUCACAGAAAAGCUGUUGUGAAGAAAUGAAGACCAUCCUUCUUCUGCUCCUUGUCAUUGCCAACACUGAGCAAUCCCCUACUCAUUAUGAAGAUGAAAUUGGCAUUGGAAACCAUGACAUUGCAAUUCUCAACGUCUUGGGUGACUUUGAAGUCAACAACAAUGGCCACCCGGAUAAACCCGAUAACCACCACAAUUUAACCAGGAGCUGCCGGGAACUCAAAGAGAAGUACCACGUGACCAAAGAUGGUGUCCAUCUAUUCAUAACCAGUAAUGGUGAAGUCUACCAAGCCUUCUGUGACAUGACGACCAAUGGAGGAGGUUGGACCCUAAUUGCAAGUGUCCAUGAGAACAAUAUACUUGGGAAAUGCACCACUGGAGAUCGCUGGUCCAGCCAGCAAGGGAGUAAUGCCAGUUCUCCAGCAGGAGAUAGGUCAUGGUCCAACUAUGCAACAUUUGGUUCACCAGAAGGAGCGACAAGUGAUGACCUGAAGAACCCAGGUUACUAUGGCAUAAAGGCUUCAGACAUAUCAGUUUGGCACGUGCCAAAUGACACACCACUGAACAGCUGGAAAGAUGCAGCAAUCCUCCGCUAUCACACCGAAACCAACUUCCUACAACAGUAUGGAGGAAACUUGUAUCAGCUGUUCCAACAACACCCUGUCGAAUACAACAAAGGGAAAUGUCCAGAUGAUAACGGGCCAUUAAGUCGCAUCACUUAUGACUUCGGUAAUGAUGAGAAGAUAAAACAGUUGUACGGGCCUUUCAGUCAACGCGAAUUUGAACCAGGAUAUGUGCAAUUCAGGGUAUUCAACAAUGAGAAAGCAGCACUGGCGAUGUGUUCUGGAGUGAAAUACAUUGGAUGCAAUUCAGAACAUGCGUGUAUCGGGGGUGGAGGAUACUUUCCUGAGGCAUCGCCAAGGCAGUGUGGAGAUUUCACAGCCUUUGACUGGGAUGGGGUUGGCACACAUCGGUCAUGGAGUGCAUCAAAGGAGAUUACAGAGGCUGCAGUGUUGAUCUUUUACCGUUAAUGCAGGCCAUAUCCUCAUGGGAGUACCUUGUUAGUCCACUGACAAUUGACUGCAAUGUGACAAAGUGCCUUUGUUUAAAAAAAAAUUGACUUGAUGUAAUGGUGUACUUCAUUCUAAUUCAGAAAUUAGCAUAAGUCCAAGAAGAGACUACUUGUAUAACAUUGAAUGCUUGGUGUGCGGGAUAUAUUAUGAAUCACUGAUCAU